AUGGAGUCAAACAUAAAAGAGAAUGAACAUUUUCAAAGCCAAUUUAAGGCUUAUCAAGAACAACAGCAAAAGCGGCUGCAAAACCUAAUGGAGAAGAAGGAAAAGCAGAAUGGUCAGAAGGGUGAUAAUGGCAAUACAAAGGAGACUUUCAGAAUCCCGAAUGAUCUAAACCUCUUUGAAACAGGACAACCUUUAAACGAAGAUGGUGACAAAAGGUUUCUUGAGGCUGAGAAUAAGGAGCUUCACGAUCAGCUUCGAGAGGUCCGAGAUGAAAACUGCAGACUGUACAAACUGUUGACAGAUAAAGAUUUUGAAAUAAAGCAACUCCAGAAAAAAAUACAGGAGGACAGAUUGGCUUUAACAGGGGCGUCUGGUUUAGCUGGAGAUGUUGCAGCUACUAAAAUAGUUGAAUUAGCCAAAAAGAAUCGUGAGAUAACUGCUGAGGCUGAGACUGAAAAAGCCAAAGUGAAACAACUGAAUAACAAAGUCAAAGAGCUGGAAAGAGAAUUACAGGCAGCUGUAGAAAAAAUACAUUGUCUUGGUGGUGAUGAUGCAGGAAUCAAGCAAUCAACUCUGAAGAUGAUAGAAGGAAACUUGGCUGAAAGUCCAGAGGUGAAAGCAGUGCAAGAAAAAUUAACUGCAGCCAACUUUAAAGUGAUGGAAUAUCGUAAUCAACUCCAGUCUGCAAAGCAGGAACUGAAGAUAACCCAAAAGCUUUUAGCAAAUGAAGUUGGUGAAGAUGUGAAUAUUCAAAGUCUCUUGGCCAAUUCUGGCAGCUGGCGUGGACGAGCCCAGCAAAUUCUUGUUCUCCAAAGCAAGGUUCGAGAGCUGGAGAAUCAGUUGAGUCAAAGCAAGACCAGAAAAUCACUGAGCAAGGUUGAUGAGGAAUUGCUGGCACUUACUGAUCCAAGAAAGUUAUCAGCCCAAGAGAAGAACUUGCUGAAGAUCCGCAGCUUAGAAAAAGAAAAGAAAGAAACUUUGGAGAAACUCACUGGGGAAUAUGAUGCUCUCAAAAAGAGUCAUGAGGAAGUGAAAAAAAACCUUGAUGCAUCAAAAGCCAGGAACAAAGUACUGAGCAGUGAAGUGAAAACCCUGAAGGGACAGAUUGUAAUCCUGUUGGAGAAAGGAAAACACGACAAUGAGCUCAUAGACGCCUUACUGACCCAGCAGAAGCAAAUGCAGGAGAUCUUAAAGCACCUGAGCCAUCAGGAUGAGGAGAACAAGGAGUCCAAGCACAUGCUAGGGCAGAACUUGAACAGUGAGGUUCAAAAACAAAACUGCCUUAUAGAGCAGCUCAGAAAGGUGGUGGCUGAACGAGAAGGAAUGGUUAAAGAGCUGGAAGAGGAGAUUGGGCAACUCACUCUUCAGUUGAAAUCUACCUAUGAAGGGGACAGUUCGGGAGCUGCUGAACCACCACCUUCUGAGUCCUCAGAAUAUGCAGGUUCUACACUGCUUAAGCCUGUGGCAUCAGGCAGCAAUCAGGUUGGAAGGAUUGGAUCUACUCGCACAGUGUCCAAGAUGGGCCAUACACUUGUAGAGUCAGCAGCUACUAAGCCUUUCCAUCUCAGCAAUAACAUCACACCUGGAAGGCUUGCUGGCACUAACAGCCUAGAUUUGAAAGUGCUGCAGACACAGAUCACAGAGCACAAGGCUCUAUGCCAGGCUGCUGAAGUGGAAAGAGACAGGCUCCUGGAACUGGUCACUGUGCUGCAGAAAAGGGUGGAGGAAAGCAGUAAUAAAAUCUUGGCAGCUGAGAAGAGUCUUCAGGAAGAGCGGCGGCGAUGUGUCAUCUUGGAACAGCAGCUUGAAAAACUGCAAAUGGAUGCAGGGAAAGGCACAAGUGAACAGAAAUCUCCCAUGAGGAGCAAAACAGGCCAGACUGCGAGUCACUCAAGGCUCACCUUGGAUGUGAGUGAUAGCAAGGAGUUCUCUGCAGCUCAGCUUUCCAAGUUGCCUAUAGAAUUGCAGGUAGAGGAACUGAGCAGAAGGCUUGUGAUGCAGCUAAAUGAGAACAAAUCUCUGAAGGCCGCUUUGGAGACUGCCCUGAGAAAGAAAGAGGAAGACUUUAAACUGUAUCAAGACACAAUGAGCCAAGUGAAGGAUAUCUUUUUACAGGCCAUUCAGCAGCAGAAAUAGGAGAAGAGUUAAGCGAGAUAUUCAAGAGUCGUUUGGACUGCAAAGCAGGGAGAGAGCUCAGGCAUCAUGCCCAUGAGAUGAAAUGCAGUGGCAGUCUAGUUUUGCAGCCUCAGAUCACAUAAUUUCUUUAGCAUUUGCAGAAAAGGAUGAGAAGUGGAGAUAAA